CCGGUUCCGCCGGGGCCGGCGCCGUUUCCGGCUGGCGCGGGCCGGGGCGGCGGGGAUGGCGCGGAGCACGCUCUCGUCCCGCUUCCGCCGCCUCGACAUCGACCAGUACGACGAGAACCGCUUCGUGGAGGAGCCCGAGGAGGCGGCGGCGGCCGAGCCCGAUGCCAGCCCCGAGGUGGAAGCGCUGCUCAGGCAAGGCGAGGCGCUGCGGGCCUUCCACACCGCCAUCCGCAGCUCCCCGGGCAACAGCAGGAACCAGGCGAUGAAGGAGCAGGCCCAGGGAACGAUGCUUAAAGUCCUCACGUCUUUUAAAAGCAGUGAAAUAGAACAAGCGGUGAAUUCCUUAGACAGAAACGGUGUUGAUUUGUUAAUGAAGUACAUUUAUAAAGGAUUUGAAAAGCCAACAGAAAACAGCAGUGCAAUAUUACUUCAGUGGCAUGAAAAGGCACUGGCAGUAGGAGGCCUGGGCUCCAUAAUAAGAGUUCUCACAGCAAGAAAGACUGUGUAAAGACUUUACUUGGACAGAGGUGACGGUCAGGUUUGGACUCAGAAGAAGGAAUGAGCUGAAAUUACACUGGUCCAUCUUUAUUAGAGAUUGCAAUCUACUGAAAUCCUACAGUAACCUCCUCUUGGAAUGCUUUUAACCUUAAAGGUGGGGGAAGAGUAAAGGUAUUCCUGCAUAUUCCGACUAUCACAUAUAGGAGCCAAGACAUUCUCCUGCUCCCUUCUUUAACAGGCAGAGAGAAGGCACACUCCUGCCUCCUAUCCUGUAAGUGGGCAGGUAUUUCAGAUGCUGCUUUAGCCAGGUGUGGUGAUACAAGCUCCUGUGUGUCCUGCUUAGUCCCAAGGUAGCUGUGUCCAGGCUGAGGUCCUGCAGCUGAGGGUGGGAGAAGGGCUCUGGGAACGGCGGCUGGGAACGUGGGGGUGAAGGACUCUUGGACUCUGGGCUUGGGUUCAUGUAAAGUGAAGUGCCUGCUGCAUCAAUAAAGUUCUUAGAUCACGUGA